AUGUCUGGCCCCAAGAGAGGCAUUGAAAUGACAUCUCCUGUGCUGGUUGAGUUCGACAUGAGGAUCAAGAUUGGAGAAAGAGAAGAAGAUGACCUACAGCUCAUUGACGGGGCCGUCAGCUUCAGCGACAUGGACCCGCCGAUCAACAUGGCCUUCACACGACGGCUCUGUGGUGAGGGCGGGGCGGUGGACAUAAAUCUAGCACAUAUGUAUGAAGCAGCAGAGGCCACAAUACAGGUUCGGAUAUCAGAAGCAUGCGACAGUGGCUUGAGCUUGUGCCUGACGGCUUCUGGCAGCGCAUUACAACAUCAGGCCCGUCUCUUCGAUGGCAUUGUGGGCGAAACACCAUGUGACCUAGGCAAGUUUGUGUUCGCUGUGAUGAGCCUCACCAAAUUGGUUGUAUUAUUGAAGGUUGGCCGCGGCGGUGGCUCGGAUUGUGUUUAUCGUUCUCAUCUCUUUGAUGUUCAGAAGCAUGGAGAUUCGACCGUGAGUUUCAAGAUUCCCGACAUGGUCACUAUAGAGGUGAAGGUGACUUGGUCAACUUUGGACAUCCCUGACAGUGCACUAGAAGAAGACAAUCGCUACAACUAG